UGGCAUAAAACGUUACUGUAUUAAGUGGGACAAAUUUGAUUUAUGAAAAAGCCUCUGAAAGGCUGAAACUCAUUGGUUUUCAGUAUUACAAAGUUUUUGUGAUUGGUUUCUUUGCUAGCAUGAACUGUUGGACUACAGCUAGUUCACACAUUCUAUUGGACGUUCUCUUGACUGGUCUAUACAAGAGUAGACUUGUAAAUGUAUAAUAGUUACGCUUUGCCUUAUGUGUAAAUUUCUUCCGAAUUUCCAGGGCUGGUGUAAGGCACACCAAUGUUUUACUGAGGGGAGCUGUGUUUAAGACUUUCAGUAUCAAUUUCUUCACAUAUGGUUUUCCGGUUUCUCUGUUUGCUCUUUCGUUCUGGAGUUUUCAUUUUGCGAGCUUGUGUGCGUUUGGCCUCCUUGCAUAUGUUGGUUACAUUAUCUAUGCCUUCCCGUCCUUGUUCCGCUUGCACAGAUUAAAUGGCCUUCUUCUUGUAUUUAUACUCUUCUGGGCUGUCAGUACGUACAUAUUCAAUGUGGCAUUUUCCUUUCUGAACACUAAGGUUGGAAAGGACAUGAAAAUUUGGGAGAUGGUGGGCCUUUGGCAUUACACUAUACCUGGAUUCUUUUUGCUUGCACAAUUUGGUUUGGGGAUGUUGGUUGCAUUGGGUAAUCUUGUGAACAACUCUGUUUUUCUCUACCUGUCUGAAGAGAGCUCCAGAUCCUCCAAUGAUAGUUCUUAUGCUGAAGCAGAUGAGGAAACAAAGGUGUUGGUUGUCGCCACCAUUGCUUGGGGAUUGCGGAAAUGUUCACGGGCUAUUAUGCUCGCACUGAUUUUCCUCAUUGCCAUGAAACCUGGGUUUGUCCAUGCAGUGUAUGUGAUAUUCUUCCUUAUUUAUCUGUUGAGCCACAACAUCAACAGAAAGAUACGCAAGUCACUGAUUCUUCUAUGCGAAGUUCAUUUUGCACUUCUCUACAUUCUUGAGAUCGAUCUUAUGUCGAACUCCUUAAAGCGGCAAGGCUCUGUGAGCAGAGAAAUACUGUUUCAGUCUCCUUAGGUCUGAAAGCUCUUGGGACUUCUUGGAGAUAGCCUUGCUUGCUUGCUUCUGUGCCAUCCAUAAUCAUGGCUUUGAGGUGCUAUUUUCCUUCUCAGCAAUUGUACGACAUACACCAAGCCCUCCUAUUGGAUUUAGCAUAUUGAAAGCUGGUCUCAACAAAUCAGUUCUCUUGUCCGUCUACUCAUCUCCAUCUUCAAGUUAUUGCCAGGAUAAUACUACUUAUG